CCGCAGGAUGCAAGUGCGAUGAGCUCGUUCCUCAUGAACUCGUACCCGGGGGUGGACCCCAAGUUCCCGCCGCCGGAGGCCGACUACGGCCAGUACAUGCCCCCGGCGGCGGCCGCCGACUACUUUCCCCAGCAGCCGCAAUACUACGGCGCGGCGGCGCCGCCACCGGCGCCUGCGGCGCCAGCCCAGUAUCACCACCAGUACCACCACCAGGGCUACUACCCUGUGCACCACCAGCAACAUUUGUACCACGUGCAGCCCCCGGCGGCCCCGGCGCCGCCGCAUCUGCCGGCGGCCGUCGUCGGAGCCGGCGACGUCAGUCCGCACGUCGCCCAACACGCAUCGCCGGCCGAGAGUCCGAGCACCACCGCUGACCAGCAUUCGAACCUUGGCGACUACAUCGGCGACGAUUCGUGCCCAGAACUGGAUGACGACGACGACGAUGAGUCGGACGAGACCUCAGACAGGGUCAUCUACCCGUGGAUGAAGAAGAUCCACGUGGCCGGAGUUGGUAAGCCUCCAACUCCUGGUCAAUUCCAACCAGGCAUGGAGCCGAAGCGGCAGCGGACGGCGUACACGCGCCACCAAAUCCUCGAGUUGGAGAAGGAGUUCCACUUCAACCGUUACCUGACGCGACGGCGACGCAUCGAAAUCGCGCACUCGCUGUGUCUGUCUGAGCGUCAGAUAAAAAUCUGGUUCCAAAACCGGCGCAUGAAGUGGAAGAAGGACAACAAGCUGCCCAACACGAAGAACGUGCGUCGGAAAAACGCCAACGGGCAGCCGACGGCGCCCAAGUCGCGCGCCAAACGCGGCCGCAGCAACAACAACGUCGACGGCAGCAGCAACCUGAACGACCCCCUGUCACAAUUGGGCGCCAUGAACCCUGAUUCAACACCCCCUCUCCACAACAUGUCGCCGGUGGCGAUCGGGCAGCAGGUGGCACCCCUGACGCCGCAGUCCUGCCACCUCCAGCCGCCCCCGCUCAAGCCGGACUACGGCCUCACGGCCUUGUGAGUGCAGUGCCAUCUGCGGGACUGGACCCUGACUAGCGUCCAGGUAGGUGCGCGGACGCUGACUGGUGCGCGUGCGCAGGUGGUUUUUUCUCGUUUCCUUGUUGUGAAAGUGCGAAUUCUGCCCCUCUGAUUGGUGCAAACUUCUCGCGGCCAAGAUUCAAACGUUUUUUUUUAUAUAAAAAAUUUAAGCCCGAAGUUUAGAAGUCAAAAAAUAUUUUUAAGAGGGCUAAUUUAAAAAAGUUGAGCAAUAAUAAUACUUCUCAAAGAAGUGAUCAAUCGAAAUUUUCAAAGUUUGAUUUUAUCCAUGAAGGAUGUUGGUGAAAAUGAUAAAAAAAAAUAUUCUUCUGAAAAGCCAGCCAAAAGGGAUAGGAACAAUCAGGUUUACAAAAUAAUUUAAUCCAAAUAUAUUUUACUAAGCAAUAAGAAUGAUGGGAUCCAUUCUUUGUACAAGUAAUUCGAAUUAAUUGAGCUAAAAAUCUGUUUUUGCAAAUAUUUGUGUUGUUUUUUUUAUAGUAAAUUCAAUAGACAAUUUUUAUAUAUCAAAGACGUAUUUUCUGGGUCCAUAAAGAAAACAAUUAAGUAAUAUUAAUAUUUUAAAUUUUGAGUUAAAAAAGUCCCCAUUUAUUUAUUCCAAUUUUGUGCUUUAAUAUUCAUGAUCAUGAAAUCACUUGAUGUUUUUGAUAAACUAAUUAUUUCAAUAAUGGAUGAAAGCUUCUGCGCGAUGUAUGCUGAAAAUUCUACAAGCACAAUUUUUUUUCAAACAUAACAAAAUUUAUUGAAUUAGUUUUUGAAGGAAAUAAGUAAACAUUUUUUUUCCAUUUCAACUUGAACUGUUUUGUUUGGCGAUUCGUUUCUUAUUAGCCGCGGUGGUUGCAGCUUUAGCUCUUUUAUUCAAAACCGGGGCUGAUUUUACAAGAGCGCGCGCGUCCUUGAGCUAUUAUGUGGCGAGUGAGGUCAUGUGCCCUGGCUGCAAACAGUCCAUUUAGGGCGACAAUGGGGCGAACACGUAGCGGGUAUGUCUGAUUAAUGUGCAGACAUUAGUCUCUGGCCAAGAGAUAAUGGCCGCCGUUCUAUCAUUCCGCGCCGAGGUGGUUUCGCCGCGCGCGCUACAAUCAAAACAACAUUGCCUCGGCUGGGAUUUUGUGUAAAAUAUACCAGAGACCCACCGCCAAGAAAUGCCACCCCAAAACACAGCAGACUUGAAAAAUAAUGCUUCCUCAUCCCCGCCGAGCGCCAUCGGUUAUAUCAAAUUCACAAAAUAAAAAAUAAUGCGUUUGCCACCUCGAACCAAAACAAAUUAUUUUUCACAGCUUGUUUACCAUAAAGUGAUAAAUCUUUGCCUCCUUUUAUCAUAAAUUUGGUAAAAAAUGUUGAAAGCGUAUAAUUUUUGUUUCUGUUAAGAUCGCUGAAUCGAAUCAACUUCGUCCGAAAGUCACACGCGUUGAACUCUUUUUGACAAAAACAAGGAAAUUCACAAGACAAAAAGUGCAGUGAGACGACAACUUAAUUUUCACGCCUGCCUUAUUAGAUUUUGAUUGAUUUAAGAGUUUUUUUUGUUCUUUUCGCUGAUAUAGCAGAGUAUAAUUUGAAAAGAAAUUUAUUUUUUUACAUUUUAGACUCUGCUUAAAUAUGUAUUUUCAUACGAACGCUCAAAUUUUAGUUUCAGUUUAAUUUUUUUUAAAAAAAACGAAGGUAAAAAGUCGUCU